CCAACACCCCCUUUGUUCAUUUCUAGGGGUCUGAUCAUCUUUUGGGGGUCCGAUUGGCUUUUUGGGGAGUGCAAGUUGAAUAACGAAAGCAGGUGCAGGAAAAGAAACCCCGAAUAAAACCCUAGAAUCCGCAGUGGUGGCUGCUCCGAACUCCUCGUCCCUUCUACUUCAGCAGUCGCGUCUUUUUCGGUAAGGGGGGCUCUGUGGAAGAAACAAGCUCAUGGCGGAGAAGCCUAUAGAUUCGAAUAUCUCCCCUUCGGAAGUCGCCGCUUCGUCUACAGUGCAGGCAGGCUCGACUAUUGAGAAAAAGAUUCGCCGCGCCGAGCGCUUUGGAGUCCCAGUUAAGCUAUCUGAAGAGGAGAAGCGCACAUCUCGCGCCGAACGGUUUGGCACUAAUCCUCCCACUACUGGAAAAGAUGUAGGGGUUUCAGAAGAACAGAAGAGGAGGGAUCGUGCGAAGAGGUUUGGACUUGUGGAACAUUAUUCAGGCGAAGAAGCUGCGAAAAAGAAGGCACGUUUGGAGCGGUUCGCCCAGAAGCCAAACACUUUGGAGGAAGAGAAAAGGAAAGCUAGAGCUGCGAGGUUUUCAGGAACAUCUAAUUCUUCAGCUCAGAACAAUGGCAAGAAGGCAGACAAGGUUGAGACAGCAGGUGGUACUUAGGGGGAUAUAACUUGGAUGGCUAAAUCCGCAGAGUUCUGGUCAUCAGUUUGUUGAAGUUGUUUCACCUCGAAAUUUUUUUUUUUUUGCGGAGUGGCUUGUUCAUGGUAUAAAUGUUUUGUUACACAGAAUGCCUCCUAUGAUUUUUUUUUUUUUGGAAUUGUUUUUAGGGGACAGAAAAAUGUUACAAUACUCUGCAGCCUCUGUUGUAGGAAAUUUGUCCAGCAAAUAUUUUGUUCUCCA